AUGUUGAAGCCGAUAAUAUUGGACGUUGAGUGCAUCGUUUGUAAUAAAACGUUGCAAAAAAUUAAUCACGAUCCCCGAGAAGUUGCUCGUAAAAUGGUAAAAAUUACGAACAGACGAUCACGGACUCCGAAUUGGUCUUUAGAAGAAAAACAAUGCCUACUAGAGCUAAUUAAGGUGCAUAAAGAGAUUGUUAUAACAAAAAGCAACAACGGUCCAAAUCAUUCCGAGGAGAAAGAUGUCGCUUGGAACGAGAUACUUAGAAAACUGGCUUCAAAGUUUGGAAGUAAGUUUAAUGCGUUUUCAAUUAAGAAGGUGAAGACUCAGUGGCAGAACAUGAAACGUAUAGCUCGCGAGGAGAUCACGAAUAAUGGACCGGCUCUCGAGAAAUAUUCAAGACAGUCAUUAGAAGUUUGUAGUAUUCUAGAUAUAAUAAGAGAUGGUGUGCUCAAAACAGAAGCUGAACAAUGUUCUGAACCUUCACUUACAGCUAAUAUUGAAAUAAAGACUGAAUGUGUGGAUGAAGACAUAAGUCAACCAAGUUGCAGUGGUGAGAACAGUUUUACAUACCCAGAAAGUUCUCAAGAAAAAACCAAUGACACUAUAACUUUAGAAUCAUCAUCAUCAACUAUAUCUGAUCAAAUAUCAGACAUGGAUGCUGACUUGCCUGAAGAAUUACAAAACAUUAGAAAGAAAUCAACCUUUUCAAUGACUGAAUCUACAUACUUUGAUAAUGUUAAUAAUGUUCCAUUCCAAAAAGAAAUACAAGAAUUUAUAAGAUUUACAGAAAAGGAGAAGCAAUUAAAAAUGGAGUCCUUGAAAGAAGAGCGUCAAGUGGUUAGGGCUAUGAGGGAGACUGCAGAAUUGAAUAAAAUUAUUGCUGAGCAAAAGUUGAAGCAUGUUCUUUGGAUUAAAAAGCAGGAAAUGGCGAUGUAUUCCGGUGAACCAGGCUCGGGAGCCGGUAAGGGUGGUGGCGGUGGUGGUUCCAUCCGUGAGGCCGGUGGGGCCUUUGGAAAGAUGGAAGCCGCUAGGGAAGAUGAGUACUUCUAUAAGAAGCAAAAGGAGCAAUUGGCGAAUAUCAAAGGCCAUUUAGAUAAAGAGAUCUCGUUCCAUCAGGAACAGAUUAAGCGCCAUGAAGAUGCUAUCAGGCGCCACAAGCAGCAAAUGGCUGAAAUGCCAGACAAAUAA